UUUCUCAAGAUGUUAUUCCUCACUGUAAGAGCAUGGGUUUCCACUCGAACUAAUGUACUUAUAUAACUCAGAGAAGAGUUAUUGUACACGGCCGGGGUAGGGUUGAAACUUGUGCCCCAUACGCAUUAAUUAUGCAUUACUUAUAGCUGAUCACCUUAACCGUUCGACCACUGACGCUCUAAUUCGAUUGUCCAGAUUUACAUUACAAUUUCGUGAGCCAAGUUAAUUAACUUGAUUGACUAUUAUAAUCAGCGCUUGUCUAACGGAUCGGCCACGGUUUGUAAUCAACCUUACGUUUAUAAGCCGAGAGACCGAGAACUCCUGUACUUGGCGACAUGUGGUCCAAAUUCUUGGUAGCGCUGGUCAUCGCCACACUAUGCGCCCGUACCAGCUCUCUACCUUCGGACCACAGGCGCUUUUACGAACUACGGCGUUCAGGAGACCAUUCUCCCCUGCGUUCAGGCCUCCAAACAGAGGCCCAACUCGCCGCGGACUACCCCAAACUUGCUGAGCAACUCUCUCAAAUCCUCCGGCCAUAUUUCACUUCAGAUGAGAAUUCUGAAGAAACUCCAAAUGAUCUCAAAAAAAUAUCUGGUAAAAACAGCGUAGAAAUACUUCCUCUACAUCCUAGCUCAAUCGAAAAGCAUAAAGCACCACUAGCACUUAUUCUCACAUCACCUAAACGACGUGGGAAAUAUUUCUACAAUAAGAAAAAUAAACAUGGAUACGUGGUAGCCAAUGUGGAAAUAUCAAGCAAUAACAGCGAUGAAGAUGAUAAUGAUAAAGAUCAAAGCAAAGAAGAGUUGAUCAGACCAGAUUCAUUAGAAGUAAGUAAUAAUUUUCCAGAUAUUUUUUUAGAGACAAAUCCUCUAAUUGGAACUACCAGCGAAAUUGAUAGUGAUUCAACAGAUGCCGAUGUCAUCACGUACGAGCAAACUACAGGUGAUCAAGGGGAUGAAGACGAAUCAAAUAUGAGUGAUGAUGGUGACAAUAGUCAGGAAGAUUAUUCAUCAGAUCAAGAUUAUUUGUCAUCUAACGAGACACUUGUCGAGUAUAAACCAGAAGAAGUAUUUGAAGACAUUAACAGUAAUUAUGGAGACGAUGCGGUUGAAUCAAAUGUCGGAAAUGAAGGUUAUAUGAAUGAUUUGGAUGAAAGUAGCAGUGAUAAUUUCGCAAGUAGCGAGAAAGCUAAAGUAUCACAUAAUCAUUAUAUAUCAUUAUUUGGAGGUAACGCAGAUUUAGUAAACAGUAAGUCGAAAUACCACAUGUUACAUGACCAUAGCUUGGAUGAUGAGUUGAAAGUAUUAUUUGAUGACAGUGAUCGGGAUAAGAGUGAGGUAGAGGGGUCAGACAGUACAGAAAUGUUUGAAGACAAAGAUGUUAAUGAUACAGGUGACGUAGAAGACAAUAAUGAAAAUUUUGUACAAAGUAAAAAUGAAACAAAAGCUUCAAAAAUAACUAACGAUAAAGCCAUUCUUGCUGACGAAAAAAUGACAGAAAGUGAAGAUAAUGGAACAGAUAAAUAUUUUGUUCUGAAUUUGGGAGAAGAUACUCAAACAAAGGGAGUUGAAAAGCAAGGCUUGAAUUGUCCGAUCGCGCUCAAAAAGCUUUUAAGCGAAUAUCGGAAGACUCGCAAAUAUUACAAUUUGUCGUUCUUGUUUGAAAGAUAAGACUAACCAGCUAGCCAGUGAUAAGAUUCCGACAUAAAGUAAAUACCUAAU